AUGGCUCGCACUAACGAAGUCCACGCCCCCGGCACCUGGUUCAGCAACAUUGAGAGAUCCUUCGAGGAGGUACCAAUCGAUGCCGCGAAUGGCAACGCUAUCUCUACCGCUGAGUUUCUCGAGGCCGCGGGGGCCUUGGUCACUUUGUUUGACGUGAUUGGCGGCGUGGGCUUGGCUGCAGUCAAGAAGGAUUUAUCUGGAAACAUUGAGAAAGUCCGAGAGAGGUAUAACAAAGCCCCUGCUGAGUCCCAGACUCUGCAGGACCUCGUGCGAAAUGAGCUCAAGUCUAAAGAGCACAAGGCUACUGAAGGUCUGCUGUGGCUGGUUCGUGGCCUGCAAUUCACUGCUGCGUCGCUCCGCCUGAGCAUCAACAACCCGUCAGAAGAACUCAAUGCGUCCUUUUUGGGAGCCUACAAAACGGACGGUGGUCUCAGCACUCACCACGGCUAUCUGAUCCGGAAGGGCACCGAGCUCGCCAUUAAACAAGGUGUGCCUUAUCGGAAGGACUUCUACGCGAAGCUGGGCAAUGACCAGUCCGAGGUCACCGCUGCCCUGGACAGGGAAGUCAAGGCUUUAGAGAACGUGGUGGACAUCCUGCUGAAGUUCCAGGCCACGCCCGAGGCCCAGUGGAAGUAA